AUGGUGGAGACAUCUUACGACGACUUGUUGAAGACGCAGCUGAAACAGCUUCACGAGGUGCUCCUAAGGGCUCAUCAAGAGGAGACCCGGCUCAUGAAGCAGCAACUCCUCUCGGGCCGUGACGUGGGAUCUGCGCAAAGCUGCCUGCUGAAAGAAGCACCAGGUAUGCCCUACUAG